UGUCAUGAAAAAAAGGAUGACAAAUGUCACUAAUGUCAGAAAUGUAGGUAUAACUGCUUCAUCAAGAAGAAAGCAGACAACAAUACAUUAACAAUAACUAGUUAUAGUGUCCAUUUCGUUAUCUCAGUUUUCAUGACUAUCUUCUGUGCUUUGACAGGUAUUUAAAACCAUACAUUGAAAUUGUGUUUUACCACUUACUUCCAAGAAGAAAGAAGAAAGGAACAAUAGAGAAAAAACGAUGAAAAAUACAUACAUAAAGCAAGAAUGGAAUGGAUGGAAGAAAAGAUAUAUAACUAGGAAAAGCAAGAAAGACUUGUAAAAGAAAAUCACGUGAUAAUGUUAAGGCGAACUAUGCAAUGUGCAUCCUGUGUCGCAUUGCCUAACUCCAUCGACGUGUACUAACUAGACUUGUAAGUGCUUGAGACAAGUGACUAUUACAACUCAUAUCCAGAAUCUCGAAUCAAAUCAAUCAAAGAAAAUGUUUGUUUUUAUAAUGUGACCAAACGGACGCUGUUUACAGAAAGAUUUACUUGAAACACUCAAAACCAUUUUCAUUUAUUUAUUUUUUCUUUUCAUAAUAAAAAGCAUGUGACUUACCAAACACUUAUUACAUAAAAAAACACUUCAACACUUUAUAAAAGCAGACAUGCAGCUGAAAACACGCGAAAAAUGUCAAGGUUACUCGUGCAGUUCACACUUCCCGCUCAUGCACCAGUGAGGAAGAGAACCAGUAGGAGUAGGAGGCACAGAGGAGGGGGAGGAUGAUAGAGAGGAGGAGUUGGCUUUACGGUGAAUGGGUGUGAAGGUAUCCCAGUCCCAGGGCACCUACAGUGCAUGGCGAGAUGGUAGCAAUGGGUCGAUAGGGGUUAAGGGAGAGAUAGCUGAAGGACUGUUGUGGCCGUCUUACCACUGGUGUUCAUGAUAAGGGCGUGGCGCGAGGAGUCCUGCACAAACACAAUGGAACAGCUCGGCGUGAUCCUCACUCCGUGCCUUGCUGUGGGUCACUGUUUACUCCUGACGUCAUGAAGCUGAGGUGUCCAUAAUAGCUGAUCUCUUGCCACAAUGGCUACAGUAAACGUGGCAGACCUACGCCCAGUGAAGGAGACUGAGCUGCAUGCACUGAAGGAGAGAUUGGCUCGCCACCUGCCUCACUCCCUGCCUGUGUAUGGCUGUGUGAGUCUGGCGGUGCGCUAUGGCCUGCAUUCCUUACAACCUGCCUCCAUCCUGGUGCCUGCCGCCCCACGCCCUUCCAGCCUCACCAUCAUUGUCCCCACCGGUCUGCAGUCACAGGCUAGCAUUGGGGGACAGCAGGUGCAGGUUCAGACAACAUUCCAAGGAAACCUAUACAGCCUCCAGGUGCCAGCAACACUGGGCAAAGAGCUGCUACCAAAGUACCAGGUGACCAGUCUGAGGGAAGAGGAUGCCUUGCAGGUCUGGACAAACUGGGAGUUCAAUGACCUUGACUCUGUAGACAACAUGAGUAAUGAUAUCACUCGCUUCCCAUCUGUUGGCAUCCGUGAGCACAAUCCUGAAGAUGGUGUCAGUUUGUUGGAGAAGAAAACAGAGAAGACACUUGUGUCUUGGGUUCAUCUCAGUAAACCUGGGUGGAUAGGCAACACCUUCACAAUGCCACAGCAUCGUCGCAAAGGGCUGGCAGGUGUGGCCACCCUGACCUUGGCCUGCAAAGUGCUGCAGGAGGGUCUUCUGCCUUUUGUCUUCAUAGGAAACCACAAUAUUGCUUCCAUCAAGUUCCACGAGGCCUUGGGAUUCAAGCGGCAGUGUGAGGCGUACACAGUUAAGGUGGUGCCUGCUGAGGCCACAGACUGAAACCAUCCAGUGAAAAGUUGUUGUAGUUUAGCAUAAUUGACCUUGGUCAAGCAGGACAAGGCUUGGAGUGGUGACUAUCACAUGCACCAUGUCUCAUCAUUUUAUAGACAUAGCUUUCAAUAAAUAGCAUGUUAUCCUGUAAGGUGUUAGUUAUACAUAUUGUUCACUUGUGGAAUCCCAGUAUAUAAAUGUUCUGAUGACAUUAUAAGUCCCCAAUCAGUUUACUAUUAUAAGGAUAUCUAAGUGCACUACAAUGGGAAUUUACCAAAACCUUUCCUGGGUGCCUGAGGCUUCUCAGUUAUGAUUUGCAUCAUACUGACCAUUGUGUGUAACAGAUCAUGACUUGGUGCACUGUAAGCACAUGAGUAAUUCUAAUAUUGUACAUAUAAAAAUAAAAUGUUUUGCUUAC